AUGCUUCGCCUAGCGAACAUACGCUGUCCUUUUUUAUCUAUAAUUUGGUCAUGUCUUCAAAGUUCAUUCAGUCGUAUAACAGAAAAAAAGACAGACGAAUCAUUUAAUAUCUAUCUAUCUAUCUAUCUCAGAUUGCUGAAACAUAUCUAUCUACCAAUCACAGCAUUUAAUAUCUAUCUAUCUAUCUAUCUAUCUAUCUCAUCUAUCUAUCUAUCUAUCUCAUCUUGGAUGAAACAUAUCUAUCUACCUAUCACAGCAUUUAAUAUCUAUCUAUCUAUCUAUCUAUCUAUCUAUCUAUCUAUCUAUCUAUCUCAGAUUGCUGAAACAUAUCUAUCUACCUAUCACAGGCAUUUAAUAUCUAUCUAUCUAUCUAUCUAUCUAUCUAUCUAUCUAUCUAUCUAUCUAUCUCAGAUUGCUGAAACAUAUCUAUCUACCUAUCACAGGCAUUUAAUAUCUAUCUAUCUAUCUAUCUAUCUAUCUAUCUAUCUCUAUCUAUCUAUCUAUCUAUCUCAGAUUGCUGAAAAUAUAUCUAUCUACCUAUCACUAUCAUUUAAUUCUAUCUAUCUAUCUAUCUAUCUCAGAUUGCUGAAACAUAUCUAUCUACCUAUCACAGGCAUUUAA